AUGGCUUCUAAUCAAGAUGAUACGACCGUUCAGGUCAACAAAGAUGAGCUUAGACGGGCUGGCGACUUGAUCGUCAUGCGCCUGAUGGAGGUGCAGUCUUACAUCGCCGACCUGGGCAAGGCCUACGUCCAGCACGUGAACAACAUCACCGAAGGACGCGAUGCCCACAUUGAGCUCCCCCUCGGUCCCUCUGGAUUCAUGGGCCCGGACAUCCCCUUCCGCGCCGGCAGCCCCGGCGCCAAGUCCGAGGCCGGUGGUCCCAAGAAGCGCAAGCGCGCGCCCGUCGACCCCAAUGCGCCCAAGCGUGCAUUGACCCCCUACUUCCUGUACAUGCAGCACAACCGCAGCAAGAUCGCCGAUGACCUGGGCAAUGACGCGCGCCCCAAGGAUGUCGCCGACGAGGGCACCCGCCGCUGGCAGAGCAUGGAAGAUACCCAGAAGGAGGUCUGGAAGAAGAUGUAUGCCGCCAACUACGACCAGUACAAGCGCGACAUGGCAGCCUACAAGGCCGGCACCAAGGUUGACGAGGACCACGAUCCUGCCGCCAGCCAACUGCAGCAGGACUUUGCCGGUGCCGAGCCUGAGGCUGAGGUUGAGCCCGAGGUCGAGGCUGAAGCUGAGCCCGAAGAGUCCGCCGAGGAGUCUACCGAGUCAUCCGACGAGUCACAGUCCCCCUCUCCUGUGAAGGAAAAGACCCCCCCGCGCAGCACCGGCAAGCGCCGUCGCAGCGAUACCAAGGCUAAGGAGGCCGAGACUCCUGCCAAGUCACCUGUCAAGCGGGGCGGCCGUAAGGCUGCGGAGCCGGUGUCCACAUCGGCUGUCAAGACACCCGCCGAGACCAAGCGCAGAAGCAAGAAGCGCAAGAGCGAGGUGUAA